AUGGUUCCUGCAAUGGAGAGAGACGGAGGCUCGAGAAUUGAGUACGAGGUGUUCUUAAGCUUCAGAGGGGCUGACAGUCGCGAAACAUUCACCGAUUGCCUCUAUGAAGGCAUGAAAGGUGCUGGGAUCCGCGUCUUCAGGGAUGAUGACGAGCUCCAAGUCAGCCAAAGGAUCAAUGAAGAGCUCCCUCGGGCCAUCGAGAGCUCUAGGAUCUACAUGCCCAUCUUGUCAAGGAACUAUGCGUCCAGCAAAUGGUGCCUCAUCGAGCUCACUAAGAUGGUUACGAUGGCAUCAAAGUCGGACAGCACGAAAGAGAUUCUCCCCAUUUAUCUUCACGUGAAUUUGGAUGACGUCAAGCUUAAGACUCCGCUGUAUCACGACUCGUUCGUACAGCACGAGAGGAACUUUGGAGCAGACCAAGUGAAGGUGUGGCGCUAUGGCAAACUCAUUAAAGAGAUCGUCCAGGAGGUCCUGAUUAAGCCGAACGCCGGAUAUAAGAAUGUGACCGAACAUUUAGUCGAAGAUCAUGUUCAGAUUGAUGCGAUAAUGAAGCUGUUGGACGUUGACUACAGUGGCGUGCGUUUUGUGGGAGUCCAUGGAAUAGGUGGUAUUGGGAAGCUGCCUUUGGCUAUCGAGGUGAUAGGGUCAUCGCUUUCUGGCGUUUCCACUGACAAGGCCUUAUGGGAAGAGACGCUGAAGAAGUUACAGAAAGUUCCUCCGAAGGAAGUCCAAGAGACGUUGAUGAUAAGUUACGAGGGAUUAGAACCAACACAGCGGAAACCUCAUGACGCAAUCAGAGUCCUCCUUCUUAGGUCCUUGAUAAAGAUUGGAGAUGAUAAUAAGUUUUCAAUGCAUGACCAAGUUAGGGAUCUUGGAAGGCACAUUGUCUACGAAGAGAAUUGCAGAUUUCCUGGCAAGCGUAGCAGGGUAUGGAAUCCUGAGGAGGCAUUGAACUUAUUGAGGACUAAACAGGCAAGUGAAGAAAUAGAAGCACCGAGUCUAAGCCAUAAUGGUCAUAGUGAUGGUGGUGGCUAUACCUUCACUGAUGAAGAAUUACAGAGACUACGGAGUCUAAGGUUCCUCCGAGGGAAAGGGUUGAAUUUCGUCGGCAACUUCAAAGAUCACUGUGAACUAAGAUGGCUUUCUUGGCAUGAGUGUCCUCCAAAUUUCACAGCGAUGAAUUUUUGUCUAGUUAAUGUGGUGGUGCUCGACCUUUCCAGGAGUAAAAUUACUGAAGACUGGACCAAGUGGAGUCAAAUCAAGCAUUGGGGAAUUGUCCCAUUUAAGGAUCUUGGACGUAUCGGGCACUCGCGUCUCUGGAUUGCCAGCCAUGAUGAGUCAUCUCCUUGUCUCAAACAACUUGAGUCGAAGGAGUUCCAUGAGCUUCGACAAUUGCCGGAGCUUCCCUCGAGCUUGACAAGCCUUACCCUUGAUGUUUAUCACUGUCAAAUCACUCCAGACCUUACAAACCUAGUUAAUUUAGAUCACUUGGACUUAUCGUUCUACAGGGAUUAUCUUGGGGGCACUGGCAAGUGGAAGGAACUUCUCUCACUUCGGAAAAACAUAAAAUCCAUCCACAGACUUCCAUCUAGCUUGUCAACCUUGAAACUUACCGAUAUCACACCGCUGCUACAGUUUUCCAACUUUAGGAACCUGUCAAAACUCUCCAUUUCUAGCUGCUUGAUGAUGCAUUUUCCAGUUCUUGAACACCUGGAGAAUUUGAGGGAAUUGUCCGUAGAAAAAUGUGCAUCCAUAGUGGGAAUGCCUAAUCUAUCAAGCUUGAAGAAUCUGGAAACCUUGUAUCUAUCCGACUUACAAGAACUGGUAGAAUUACAAGGAGUAGUCAGUGUACUCGAUUCAAUCAGAAAUCUGAAGAAAUUCAUAGUCACCAGGAUGGGAAACAUGAAGAUAGGAAAGUUACCUGACUCGAUCAAGCAUUUGGAGAUGCUUGAAGAGUUACAUUGCCCAGACUGUCAGGGCAUAUCCAGUGAGAUCCAGCGUGAUAUUGGGGAAUUGUCCCAUUUAAGGAUCUUGGACUUGGGCAUUGGCAUCUCUAAAUUUCCUCCCACAAUUAGUAGUCUCCUUCAGCUCGAAGAACUUGAGUUAAAGGAUUGCCAUGAGCUUUGA